AUGUCAUCCGCCAACGCCCCAUCCACCCAGCUCUUCUCCGCAACCUCCCAGCCUCCGCCCGAGACCGCUACCUCCCCGACACCUAAUCUCCGACGCCGCCGUCUUCAUUCAAGCAGUCCCGAGACUCCUAGUUCCUCAGCAAUAGGAACUGGAAUAACCUCGCAGCUGGAAAACCCAAGGGCCGGUGACGUUGCGGCCCAGGACCAAACUCAUCAACUCGGCCGAACCGACGGCCACCAUCGUUCCCGCAAGCGCCGGCGCCUGCUCAACAUGCGUGCCGAUGGGAUAUCAGGCACUAAUGGCUUUUCGCAGGCUUCUAACGGGACCAGCUCGGGGAAAGCCAGCCUGAAUGGUCAGACGGCUGCGUCUGCAAAUGGCGAGCCCCAUGCUAACGGAGCGGGGAAAGCUCCAGCUAGCCAAACAUACUAUGGUCACAACCGAGAGGAGGUGACCCGGAUCUUAAUUCAAACUUUGUAUGAGCUGGGUUACAACGGGUCAGCCUCCGCGUUGAGUGCAGAGAGUGGCCAUCAACUGGAGACAGCUGGCGUUGCUACUUUCCGCAGCGCGGUGCUAGGUGGGCGCUGGUCUGAAGCUGAGAGGAUCCUGAUUCAAUCAUUCCGGAAUGGUGGAAAGAAUGGUCAGGAAUCGGUACCCGAGGAGACGCUGCUACUCGCAGAGGAUGCGAAUAAAAACGAGAUGCUCUUCUAUUUGCGCCAACAGAAAUUCUUGGAGCUUCUGGAGGCACGCGACUUGGGUGCGGCACUAGGUGUUCUACGGCAAGAACUAACGCCGUUGAACUACGACAUCGAUCGGCUUCACGCUCUUUCCAGUCUGCUUAUGUCGCCAACUGAGCGGUUAUAUGACCAAGCAGGGUGGGAUGGUUCCACCAGGGCAUCCCGAGAACGCCUCCUUGCGGACCUAUCUAAAUCAAUCUCCCCCUCAGUCAUGAUCCCUCAACACCGCUUGGCUAUCUUACUAGAUCACGUGAAACAAAGUCAAAUCAAUAACUGCCUAUACCAUAAUACCGCCCAACCACCAUCGCUCUAUUCAGACCAUCUCUGUGACCGGAAUGACUUCCCACUAGAAGUAGGCAUCGACCUGACCCAGCACACAGAUGAAGUCUGGUAUUGCGGCUUUUCUCACGAUGGCACCAAGCUAGUCACUGCGGGCAGUGACAAAAUGGUGCUCAUAUAUGAUACGGAAGACUUCACAGUACUCCACAGAUUGAGUGACCAUGGCGGUGGGGUUGUAUUUGCUAGUUGGAGCCCGGAUGACACAAAACUCAUCACCUGUUCCCAGGACAAGAAAGCACGACUAUGGAAUGUCGAGACUGGCCGCUGUCUUCUUACCAUCGAUCACCAUUCCGAACCGGUCACAUCUGCCGGCUGGGCACCAGAUGGAGAGUCUUUUGUGACCUCCUCUUUCGACCGGAGCUCACAACUAUGUCACUGGAGUGUUCGUGGAUCGCCUUUGCACAUGUGGAAAGGUGGAUUCCGAGUGCAAGACUGCGCGAUCAGUCCCGAUGGGCGGAGAUUGGUCGCGGCAGACACGGAUUCAAAGAUACACGUUUUUGAUUUCCGAAGCUACGAAGAAGACUACUGUCUCUCCCGGUCCAGCAAGCCGACAUCCCUCGCAAUCAGCCGAGACUCAAAGCAUCUGCUUGUGAACUUGAAAGAAGGAGAAAUCCAAUUGAUUGAUCUCGAGACUGCUAGCGUGGUGCGACGUUUCAGUGGUCAGAAGCAAGGUGAAUGUGUGAUUCGCAGUACUUUUGGCGGAGCUGGUGAGAAUUUCAUUGUCAGUGGUAGCGAUGACUCAAAAGUCUACAUUUGGCACAAAGAGAAUGGGUCUCUUGUAGAGAGUCUUGAUGGGCAUUCCAAGGGCUGUGUAAAUUCAAUAUCGUGGAACCCAGCGGAUCCCACCAUGUUUGCCUCGGCAGGCGAUGACCGCGCUGUGCGCAUUUGGUCUCGAGAACGCAAUCGCCAUCGCUCAACAGGAGGACUUAGUACUCGAGGUGUCUCAACGAGUGGUGCCCCACGGACCAGCGCCCUUCCGGCUAGCAAGACUGCUUAUGGUUCGCUGUUCUCCGUUUGGCUUGCCUUGUGUGGCAUGGCAUGGCGCUUUUCUCUUUCUGCAAGGCCCACGGUACACACUGGAGCCUCUUGA